AUGAAAUUCUCCCUCUCCCUUAAGUUUGCCGCGCUCGCACAGAGUCUCCUUGCGCUGACCGCGCUCGCAACGCCCAACCCGAUUUCCGGAAGUGCUAUCCAACUCCGCGACCCCGCCAUCUGGUACAACUCCGCGACGAAGAAAUACUACGUCUUUGCGACUGAUAACAAGAUCGGGAUCUUCACGGCCACCUCGUUGAACGGACCUUGGACCAGCGUUGGCUCUGCCCUCCCUAACUGCUCUAUCAUUCAAUUGGACGGACGCUGUGUUCUUUGGGCACCCGACGUCAACUACAUCGACGGCGAGUAUGUAUUGUAUUACUCUGUGUCCACCAUCAGCAGUCAGAACUCGGCCAUCGGUGUUGCCACUUCCCCGUCCAUGGAGCCUGGAACAUGGACAGAUCAUGGCGAGGUUAUUAGCUCGGUGAAGGGCGAUGUUUACAACGCCAUCGACCCCAACCUCAUUGACUGGAACGGCCUCAAGCUCUCCUUUGGCUCGUGGUGGGAAGGCAUGUACCAGAUCGGCUUGUGGCCGGACGUCGAGACCCAGGCGUCUGCCCUUCCCGGCACCCACCUUGCUGGUGGCAACGGCCGCUCAGCGGAGGGUGGGUUCACCUACAAGUCCCCCGACUCCUCGUACUACUUCUUCUUCUUCUCGGACGGCAUCACUCCUCUCGCUGGUGCCACCAGCCGCCCUGCAGCAGGCGCUGAGUACAAGGUCCGCGUCGGCCGUGGCGCUGGUGCCAUGGGCCCCUUCUACGGCGGAGCCGGUCACGCCUUGACCGAGGACAUUCCUUCUGCCCCGACUGGCAAUGUCAUCCUCUCCAGCCAUGACAACGUCUACGCUCCAGGUGGCCAAAGCAUCUUCCGUGACCCUGUCAGCAACCGCGAUGUUAUCGUUUACCACUACCAGAAGCUCGACGGUGCUAUCGGCGGGCCUUCUUUCCUUGGCGUCAACUACCUUUCGUUCACCUCCGGAUGGCCAGUCCUCGUCGACUAG